AUGCCCGACGACUUUGAGCUCUUCCACCAACGGAGAACACGGCGUCCUCUAAAGGACGUGAGCAACCGAAGCCGAAAUUCCAAUUUUUCCAAAAAAACUGGCAACCGCAGCUUGACGAGACUAAUAGAAAGCCAGUCCCCCAAAGACUACAGAAACGGCCAGGACACCAAAAACAAACACACACUGGCGCUAAGCAGCAACAAGAAGCACAGAAUCUGCAACGAUGACAAGGAAAACCAACAAAACCAACAAGACCAGCAAAACCCACGAAACCAGCAAAACCAACAAAGCCACAAGGUGGCCAAGCGGUAUCUAGGCGCCACGCCCUCGUUUGUGCCGCGCCCGCGCCCGCCCCAAUUUUCCGUGGCGGACUACAAUCCGACCCUGGCCGCGAGCAAUCGCGCGGUGCGAACGUUUGUGGACCGCCUUCGCCUCGCCCAAAUGGCCAAGCGCGACCUAACAAUGGAGGGCCCAAGUUUGCCCGUCGCGCGCGUUUCGCGCCUCGGAGCUUUUCUCACCGCAGUGAGCUUUGCUACCCCCGACUGCGGCCCGACAGUGCUCAUGGACUCUGGAGAAACCGUGUCGCCGGGCGACCGGCUCCUUUUUGGCCGCGCAAAAAAUUAUUCCUUGGGCGGCCGCACUGUUCCAGUCUACGCCAUGUGGAAAGUGGCGCGAUAG